GUAGUAGCCGGGAUCUCUGACGGUAGUUUAGUGGUCUGGGACCUAGCUGAGGCACCCGACCAAGCUCGGAGGCUUAGUCUAUUUACUGGUAAUCAUGCAAAGACAUGUGUUCAAAGCCUUUCCACCAAAGCGGCCAAGCCUCAAAGAAGCCAUUUCAGUAAAAGGGCAAAGGGAAGAACAGACGCAAUGGAACCGGUGGAGGAAGAGGCAUUUGAGGAUAGAAAGGAAGAGCAGUACGAAGAAGCAGAAGAUAACGAAAAAUUCGCCAAGCAAGGGAGUCGGUUGGAAGAUGAUCACCUGGGAAUUUCUAUUGCUUCAAGUGAUGCAAGCACUGGAUAUAGAAUGCCCGCCUACAUGGGAGCUGGUCUGAACAUCAAUAAAGCAAAUCGAGAGGUAUGUGCCAAUGAAUUGGAGAUGCUUUUCUGUAAAUAA